UGUUUCUAAGGAGUUGGUUUAGUGUUUUCCGUUACUAAAUGCUUAAAAAUCCCUUCAUUUCAUUCUAUGUUCAAGUAAAUUGUGAUUUCUGCGGUAGUUCUGUUAAGGAAUACGUAAUUAAUUCAAGUAAUUGACAUGUAAAUCAAUCGAAUUUGUUGCAUUAAUUUGAUCAUUUUUUAAAGCAAAUGUAUGCUUAAUUAAGUGCCACCACAUACAUUUCGAAAGUUAAUGACAUCGAAAAAAGAACAGUCCGUCGCCAAUCAUUUGAUUCCUAAUACGUAAAGGUGGCACACGGCAUCGCGCAGUUGUUCAAAAAAAAAAGCGACAACAACACUUUGCCGUGCAUGAAAAUUUUCAAAAAAAAAAAUUGUGAAAAAUGGCAUACGUACUGAGGCAAAUGUACAAUGUCUAUCGAACAUAUUUGGUUGAUUAUUCGGAUUUAAAAUCCGAUGACUUGCCAAUGGUUAAUUCGCCGAUCACAAUUUUUGGAAUAUGUGCUCUAUAUCUAUAUGUAGUUUUAUCGUUUGGACCAAAAUUCAUGCAAAAUAGAUCACCAUUUCGAAUAAAACCACUUCUAAUUGUGUACAAUGCAUUUCAAAUUGUUGCCAAUAUUUUUGUGUUGUUUUACGGUAUAAAAGUGACAUACUAUCAAGGUACAUUUAAUUUGAGAUGUAAUUCACCAACUCCACGGACUGACACAAGUUCACUUGCAAGGCAGCAAACAUUGGCCACAUAUUGUUAUUUCCUGCUCAAAGUUCUCGAUUUAUUAGAUACUAUUUUCUUCAUUGUUCGCAAGAAAUUUAGCCAUGUAACAUUUUUACACGUUUAUCAUCACACGGGCAUGGUAUUUGGUACAUAUGUGGCUUCAAGAUUUUGUGUCGCUGGUCAUGGCACGAUGCUUGGACUUUUAAAUUCUUUUGUACACGCCGUUAUGUAUGGCUAUUAUUUGUUCAGUGCGGUCAACGAAAAUGUUAAAACAUCGAUUUGGUGGAAAAAAUACAUUACACAAAUUCAACUCAUUCAAUUUCUUUUGCUCGGGCUACACUUUUCGUUCGGGAUUUUUGCGAAAGAUUGCACCUAUCCAAAACUAUUUUGCAUCGUGAUGGUCCUUCAAAACUUGUUUAUGAUGUUCAUGUUCGGUGAUUUUUAUAUAAAAACAUACAUAAAAAAGAAACGUGUUUGAUUUACUAUUGUAAUUUACUUUCAUGAAAAUAAAAUCCA